GUAUCCUCCACCUUGUUCAUGGCGUCUAGAACUGAAACACCAACUCUCAGCGUAACAAAAAAUUUCCAGGACUUUCGACAGCAUGCGAAGCUUGUACGUCGCAUCUAUGAUGAAACCCGUGAAUGCUACAAGGAAGUUCAGUCAUCGUGCACCAACCCAACUCUUGCUGAUCAAGCGACUCUUCCAGACGGAGCCAGCGGCAUCAUCACUCAUCUCUACAAGAACCCACUGGCACUCUGUGUGUUAGGACGUACCGCUCUAAAGCCUUUGGUAGUAAAUGAGCUAUUGGGUGAGAGUCUGCUGCCUAACACGCGAAGUGACUCUGAGAAAUGGCGCAUGGUUAAGAUCAAAUAUUCUCCUCGUCGGUUUCUUCGCCAUGUUAGCCAGGAUCUGGAGAUACCGGAAGAGUACGAAGUAACUUCGGUGCGAACUGCAGAACAGGUGGAGCUCGAGUCUGUCCCACGCGAGGAUCUGGUGCUCUACUCUGCGGUGUCUGCCUCGCCCACACCGGAUCAGUGCCUUUUGGAAAUUGAGACUCUCGUAGAAGUGGGCUUGAAUCAUCCGUUGCUAGAGACCGGGGUGGAGAUCAUCCUACCGGCGUCUACAGACCCCAAUACUUCCGUUGCUAGUGCACAGACGCCAAUGGAGGUGAUGCUGUGUUUAGAUGGCUACCUACCUCUAUUUAUCUAUCCUCUAGAUCUGGCGGAUCCUUUCAAACAGCAGGAUCGAGAACAGAUUCAGUGUUUAAAGCAUGUUGCUUCUAAUUCACCCAUACUCUUUGUGUGUGUGGAUAGGAUGAACAUGGGUGCACUAUUUUCAACCAGUGAUCAAACUCCAAUUACAAUUAGACCUACUGAAAUGGCUGAUACUGUUACAAGUAAUAUUUGUAGACAAGGAAGUACAUCUAGUUUAGCAGAAGGUGAUUCGGUUCCAUCAAAAAUACGUGACAUUUAUGAUCAUUUGAGUCAAGAAAAUUACUUUCCUGAAGGUGAUCAGUCAGGAUCACAUGACAACUUUACUGAAUCAGAUGGGUUCUUGUACUCAGUUGAGUCUGAUUCAAUGAGUAUGGCAAUGUACCAACCUAUUCACCAGUUUGUUGAAGAUUUUAGUGAGAUUGGCUCAUCAUUUGUUCAUUUUGUUCGUCGAAACUUGAACCACCAGCUACAGUGUGCAGCAAAUAUUCUUUCUACUUCUCACAAUCAGUGCCUUCGAACAUUCAUUUGUGCUGCAUUUGAUAUGGCACGGGAUGUACAGGUAACACCGAGACGACUUGAUUAUGCACGAAAACGAGAGAAUGCUCUGUUUUGCAAUCUAAUGGAAUUUGCCACUCGAGAGCAAGAGAAGAUUCGUCACCUCAUUACUGAAAGUAUUGAUAACUUAACUCCAAGUAUUCUGGAGAAGGCAGAAAAUUUUGAAUUCUUUGAUGUAGUUAUUCCGAAGUCUUUGGCUGUUGGAAACCGAAUCGAAAGGAUUUGUAAUCAUCAGAUACAGGAGAUGGUGUUUGCUUCAUUAAAUGAAGCUGUGGCUAAGCAACUUAUUAGUUCAAUGAAUGUAAUGCGUGAGAGUGUGAUUGGUACAUUGUCACGCUGUCUAGAUAGUUUAGAAGAUGACUUGUCAUCAAAGGAUUCUAAUGCAGACAGCGAAGGGGCUAAGAAGGCAUUACGUGAUAUUCUAGAUGCUGCUUAUCAGCUGGAAUUUUCUAAACGCAGUUCUAGCAGCAAUGUGCAGCUUCUUUUGGAGCGCUUUCUUUUAAUGCUUACAUCAGUUUCUCGCUCACAAACAAAAGUGGACGGUCUUUGGAAGAAGCGCAUCGCCAGGACUGUCAUCAAUAAGAUGAAUGCAGCUCAACUUGCUCGCAGUCUAUGUUCACAGUUUAGAAGUAGACUUGUUAGAGCUCAUCAAAUGUUUCUCACAUCAUUGCAGCAGCUAGAUGUUGAACACUCAGCGAGACUGCAAGAGAUGGAAGAACACAGAACUAUAGUGAAGAAGGUUUUGGCACCUAAAAUUGCACGAUUGUGCUUGCUAAGCACAUCAUUAUGUGACCUCAUACAGUAUGGUCUUCCCAAAAUUGGUCGUGAAAUUGGUCGUGGUCAGUAUGGAGUUGUGUAUACCUGUGAGCCAUGGGGAGGUCAUCACAAUGUGUGUGUCAAAUCUGUUGUCCCACCUGAUGAAAAGCAUUGGAAUGAUUUAGCAUUAGAAUUUCAUUAUACAUGGUCUUUGCCAACUCAUGACCACAUUGUCAACUUACGGGGUGUUGUUGUUGAUGAGAGCUAUGGAGUUCAGCCAGGGUCAUCAUCGGCUGUUCUCUUGGUGAUGGACAGACUAAAGAGGGAUCUGUAUCAGGGAAUGAAGGCCGGAAUGACAUUUAGGCAACGUCUUCAAGUAGCACUAGAUGUUGUAGAUGGUUUACGGUUUCUUCACAGCCAGGGGCUGAUCCACAGGGAUGUUAAGCUCAAGAAUGUUCUUCUGAAUGAGCAAAACAGAGGCAAAAUCACUGAUCUUGGUUUCUGCAAACCAGAGGCAAUGAUGAGUGCAUCGAUUGUUGGUACACCUAUUCACAUGGCGCCUGAGCUGUUCAGCGGCCAUUAUGACAAUUCAGUUGAUGUGUAUGCCUUUGGUAUCCUUUUAUGGUAUAUCUGCAAGGGUAGUGUGAAGCUACCACAGUCUUAUGACCGUUGCCAAAGUAAAGAUCAAUUGUGGAGCAGUGUGAAGAGAGGGCUACGGCCAGAGCGUGUGCCAGCAUUCUCAGACGAGUGUUGGUCAAUAAUGGAGGGUUGUUGGCAUGCCGAUCCAGAUAAACGGUUACUACUUGGAAAUGUGCAUCACCUGCUGAAGGAGAUAUUGGAUAAGGCACCACCAUGACAGAAUGGAGCUACUAGCGACAUAUGUUGAUUAUGUAAAUUUGCAAUCUUACUACUUCAAGAUUGGUUUAUGUAUUUUUGCAUGCUGAAUAUUGUAGUUGUGGACAUUAGGAGAUUGGUUGGUGAAAACUUGUUUGUUUGGAAACAUUUGUUUUCAUAAUAGA